CUGGUCUUGAAAUAUAAUCCUGAGCCCACUUUGUGUGAGACAAAGACGAGAUUUAGUCAAAUUUGUCUUGUGACACAUGUAACAAUGUGCUUUAAAUUGACAUCCAUGGCCAGUGGAUUAUUUUCCUGGGAACCAAUUGUAAUAUGCUCUGAACUGGACAGACACCACUGAGAACCACGCAUUUGUGCUCAUUGUUCAAGCCAGUGAAUAUCAUGGGGUGCAUACCAUCCUGUGAGGCAGAAAUGCUGCAUUAUAACAGUGUACUGGUUCCAUAUGAGCCCCACAGCUGCAUCCUGACCUCCUCCUUUGGCUCAGCUCCUUUAAAGAAACACCUCUGUUUGCAUCUGGAUACAGAUCCUUUCUAGACAUUUUGGUUUUAUAUCAGCAGCUUCAAGGUAUGAUUGUCCUCAUGAAUGUCAUAGAUUCGAAGAAGGCAAAUUCAUGCAGGCCUGGCAAGGCUUUUCUGGGUCAGCCCAGCAGGCGAUGGACUGAAGGGAGGAGAACUGUGAAGUUGCUGUAAUAGCCCAAAGGAAGACACUUCUUGGAGAACAUAUGGCUCUCUGAUGAUAGUGCAGAGGGGAGGCUGUCUGAAAACCAUGAUAUGUUGCCUUAGCUAUUAUCUUUUUCUAAAUAUUUAUCUACUCUAGUGAAAUUAUUGAUUGGCGCAGUAUCUGUAAAAGAAAAAAGGCAUCAAGAAUGUCAACAAUCAAAACUAAUUCAGUUGAAACAAAGGAUUGUUUCAACUGCAUGCCUUGUUAAAUCUCAUUAACUCGUGUUUAUUCAUCCAUAUAAUUCAAGCAACCACAUGGACAAAUACAAUCUCUGAGCCCUCGAGGGUUUAACAAAAGCUUCCCUCCAAAACCAACAAAGUAGAAUGUGACAGACAUUAUUAAAUGUUGCAUGUGCCUUUAAGAGCACUAUGUCCCACUCUACAUGUCUCUCUCUGAGCCUCAUAUGUGUUUGUUGGCAUCAGCUGUCCUCAGUGCUGAAUAGAGCAAGGACAUCUUUUCCUUCACAUCAAUGGGAUUAGAGGAAGAAAUACCCUCUUCAUACUGCUGGCUGUCAUCUCAGUGCUCAGAAGACAAACAUGGAAAUGCAGCAUGGGCAGAGGACAGGAAGAAGAUCACAAUAAGUCACAAGUUUGGAUUACAGAGCUGAUCAGUUCUUAGCUUCUUAUGCUUAAUGGACAAGAAACGUGUUUCCGAUGUCAAGGGAGAUAUGCUGAUAAUCCGAAACAGCUGGCUCAGAAACAUCAUCCUGCACUGUUAUUUCACCACCGUCUAAACUAUGACUGAACCCAGGGGUCAGGGGAAGAGUUCAAAUGGUGCAAGCAGCUCUGUGAUGGAACUGCAGUCUGCCUCCUUCAACCCAGACAUCCCAUCCUCAUCUUCGCUUCCAAAACUCGGCCGGAAGCACUUCAGGAGAGUCAGCCGCACAGAGGACAGCAGCCCCUGUCCGAUCCCUGGCUUGGCAGCAGAUGUCCUGCACAUGCGAGUGAAAGAAGGAAGCAAGAUCCGCAAUUUGCUGAGGUUUGCAGCGGCUCGUAUGCAAGGGGAGGGAAAAGACGGCAACGCGACGUCGCUGAGACAGGUGGUCUUCAGUGGCUCAGGGAGAGGAGUCACCAAGACCAUCACCUGUGUGGAGAUCCUGAAACGUAAAGUGGGGGGGCUCCACCAGGUGUCCAAGCUCCACUACAAGACGGUGAAUGAGGUCUGGGAGAGUCCACAGCAGGGAGAAGCAGGUGUAACCAUGCAGAGGACAGUCCCUGCUAUCUGCAUCCUGCUUUCUAAAGACCCUCUGGAUCCACAGGCACUUGGAUAUCAACCACCCCAAAACCUGAGUGUUCCCACGGAGGAUGUAGAGGGACGCAGAGCUCUGCUGAGGCCAGCUCCCGGUCCCUCCUCACAGCACACAGCCAAGAAAGUCUGUCUGCAUGACUGGAGCGAAUGUCCUUCACAAAUGUCCAAAACCUGA